AUGGAGCGGGCACAACAUGCACUCAUCGAUCCCUUGAUCGAGCCGGAUCCAUCCGACGAGACCGGACUAAACACUCACUUCCGCUCUACUUUUGCGCCCCAGGAACCCAUCACACCACCUGGAGCCGAGGCCAUCUCCAAGAAGCAGCCAACCGUCAGCGUGCACCACACCGGCAGCUCUGUCGAGACCAACCCAUACCGCCGCUCGCGAGCUUCAUCUGAUGCGAAGAAUCCCUUCGGCGACCAUCAUGUAACGGGCUCACCAAGCAGAAGGAGGUAUGACUACCCGUCCCCUCCCAACUCUGCUAGCCCACGUCGUGAGCAUUUCCCAUCCACAAACCACCGCUCGCAAGCCCUCGGAUCCUUGAACGACACCAGGCCACGACGAUCGAGCAACCCGGCACCAGUCCAACCGAGGAGUGGCAGACCGGCACGCAGUGGCUCACUUAGGGAGCGAUACCCUGGAGACAUGUCCCACAGGCCACUUGAUGCACUCCGUAAAGAUGAAAAGACUGCUCACCGUGCCCCUCAUCUUAGAAAGAAGAACUUCCCGGGAGCUGAUGUCAUCGACCGUCUCGACGCAGCCGGCUUCGCUCGUUAUCACCACGAAGGCCCGUACGAUGCUGCGAGCAUUGCACGCAACAAGCACAUCAAAUACGCACCCAUUGAGGCGGUCCGUGAGUCGAACGAGGAGGCAUUGAGAGCCACACCACGGGAAAAUAUUGCGGAUGCCGUUUCGAAGCACCGCCCACUUGAAGGAGUUGCUAACAUUCCUCCUGGUAUGCCCGAUCGUUUUGGUCGCGUUCUCAAUUAUGAGGAGGGAGCCGAUCUUCAACGCGAACCCGGAGGUGACUACAGGCGUUGGCCUGGCCAGGAGUACCACCCAGAUGAUCUGAAAGGCAAAGGUGAACCGUCCUACACCAUUGAGAAGGCUUUGAAGGAACACAAGGCCUUGGGUGACUCUGGCACCGAGAUGAAGACACGACACCGCCACAGCAAGUCCGUUGGCCAUGACCAAGCCUCUGGUCUUCUAUCACCUGAGCCAGCCAACGCCGAAGCUUCUGGCAUCGGACGCAGUAACACCACGGGCAAGGGUGUGGGCUCGUCCCUGAAGAAGCGUUUCGGCAGCAUCCGUCGUCGCAAGCAGGAGGCUGAGGCCUAGAAAUUCCGACCUCCCUGGCUUCGGCGCAUGAACUCGUUUGACAGCGACUACUAUUAGAUUGUACACACAACAUACGCAUAUAAACUCAACACACAACGACGUUUCCUUUUGUCACGCCUUGGGAUUUGGCAGAUGUUGUUCUGCCCGAUAAAUGCUAGUUUGAACAUGCAACUAAGUUGCAUCCAGUAGUGAAUAACGAAUAACGAAUCUUCAAUAUUGAA